ACUGGAUCAGUCAAUGGAAUGGGCGAUUCUUUGAGCGGAGUUGUCUCGCUCAUGUGGGACUCAUUAUACACUUGGCCAUGAUGGCAAACAAUGUCCGGAGGUCACUGAUCGGUGAAUUUGUUUGAAGAAGAUGAACCUGAAGACCUGCUCGAGCCUGAAGAUCUGCCAUUUGUGUCCGGACCCGAGUUCCAGCCAAAGGAAAACACCAUGGUCAUUGUAGACAAGUCCGGAGUUCAUCGCCUGGAGAUUCGAUGUUGUGAAUGUCCGAAUGCCAUGAGUCCGGACAUUCAAAUGUUUCGACACAGAUUUUUCCCUGCAUCUUUCAACAGGCCAAAGACUGUGUUCACCUUCAGAGUGCUCAAUGAUUUUCUACUGGACAGCCUUGAAUGCGGCACCUCGGCGAUGAACUAUUACAGCAAGCUCCGGCGAAUGACCUCCAGCAUGUUUCCACACCUUGUUCCGGACCGAUACAGAGAGCUCAUGAGGGUCGCUCGACAGUGGAGGCAGUUGAAGACAAUGAAAUGGCAUGGCUUUGGCCAUCGUUCUGAUAACCCGAGCACAGGAGAACUCGCAUUAUUUUGCCCGGCGUGUCCUCAGCCAGGGAUUAAUGUGCUGUUGUCAGAGGAUGAAUUGCUUGAUGACUGGAAAUACACCCGGUCAUUUGUGAUGGAUGGAAAUUUCAAAGCCGAACAUCUGCAUCCCAUUAAGCCAUUCGAUGAAGUUUGGCUUUCCGAUGGGCUUGGAUUCAUGGUAGGAAAGGACAGGUAUAAAAUGCAUCUGGCAGAGGCUGCUGACAUGGUGGAAAAAUCAAGCUGCAACAACCACCGGGCAGUAAAUCAAGCUAAUGCUGCUCGGCACAAGCUGGAGUCCACCGGUAUCGGGGGAGUUGCCUGUGCCAGACACGGUUGCUUUGUCCCUCACUCCAUGGUGGAUUUUCAGAAAGGCGAAAGACAAAUGAACAUGGACUACGCCCUUUGCGAGGCUUCCCGGCACAACAUGGAAGGCAUCACCAGGGCUGUCACCUUCUAUGAUAUUAAUUGUCAAUACAACAAACACUUUCGGGUUCGGGUGGAUCGAAGUCGAUUUCUAGACAUGGCACCACAACUAACCAUCAUUCCCGGAAUUGGGUUCUGCUAUGUCCGAUAUGCUUCUAACUUUAUUGAAGGCAUUGGUCGGAUCGAUGGAGAGAUCAUGGAGACGCUAUGGGCACGGCUCAAUCUGAUUUCCCCUGCUGCUCGGGGAAUGUCAUCUCCCCACCGAAAGGAAUGCCUUGAUUAUCAGAUGAAUGACUCCAAUUUCUGCAAGAUGAUUCGCAUGAAAAGGACUCUAUGCGGAAAUACAAGCUGGCGAGGAAUGGCAUCUCGGAAAACAGAAUGGUUAGCCAGGGAGAGGAUAGCUCAGUCAAGCAGAUUGAAUGAUCCUGCGGCGAUGGAUGAAUAUGAGAUCAAUAUAAAAAAGGCACCAAGCAAAAAGGAGAUCGAGCUUAGAUUAUUAGAGGAGGGUAACGCCCGCAAUGCAGCACCCUCUCGCAGAUCUGUGGCGACGUGGAUAUCAACAGGGUUAGCAAUUGAAGAGGCUCAGAUUGCAUUGCUCAUCGAGGUCCGAAGGAUCGGAAGAAGAUCCACUGAGACACAGAGAUUAGACAUUGCCCGUCAACGCGAUCGGCUCCAAGGCCAGAUAGAUGGAUUUGCUCGGUCUGCUCUAACACAUCUCGGGGAGGGAUUUGAUGCAGAUGAUGAACCUGAGGACUUGAACGUAGACAUUCUAGAUGAUCUCGAUGAUGACCCGGCGGAUUUCACAGAGACAUCUCAUACAUGGACAAACUCUCCCGAGCUCACUGUAAUCCCGUUGCCAUCAAACCUGGGUGUUGAUAGAUGCAGACGAUGCAUGGCAGAGGAUCUGAUUCCCCUGGAGAUGUCUCUUCGUGAAGGGCAGGCCAAUGAUGCCCUUCACAAUCUCCGCAUUUACCUUUGCAACAAGGCCAUCCUGUUCCGAACAACCGUUCGGCAGGCCAAAUCCCAGGCCCUGAAAACUCGAGCUUGGUCCCAGGUGACGUCGGUGCAGCAGGCAGUCUCCCUCCAUGCCAGCAUAUAUACAAAGACCAGGAAGCAAAUGAUGAAACUUGAGCCGGGGCAAGACCAGCUUCAGAAAUACAAACCCCUGCUUCGCGAGCAACUCAAAAUCAGCACUGCAGUGGGCGACCCAAAUGCCCGAGGUCAACGAAAUGAAUCUUUGGCUUGGUUUUGGUCUGUUGAAGUCGACCUCGGGGGUCCUGAUCAAUCGUGGAAUGAGGAAUGUGAGUUCCUGCUUGCAUGUCAUAUCCCACGGUUACCUGACUGGACCCAUGCCAAGUUUACCGAGUCCAUUGGCUGCGGGCAAAGGCACUACGAGAUCGAUGGAGGGAAGAAAUGAUAUUGGUCAAAUUGGAGAUGGAUUGGACAUGUAAGUUCUUUUUGUGGAAAGCAACCCAAUGGGGCGACCACAUGCAGGAAUCAUUGGAGAAACGCCUUCCGGGUCACGGAUGCUAUGCCGGAAGGCAAUCGCGAAUGUAUUCAUUGCUCGCACAGGAUGCGCAGGCAGCUUUUCAAGACCUACAAAACGUGUUGAUAGAGGCUGGAGAUGAAUGAACA